GUGUGUAUACACACACCAGAGUACCGCAGAGAGGACGCGCCUCCCUCCGCCACAGGGCCACGGAGAGGCCGUACGUCUGGAGACGCAGCGGCGGCUCGGGGAUGGAUCAGGGAGCCGCCGCGGGUACCGGAGGGACUUUCAUUUCCCUGAGCGACGCCGAGCAGAGAUGUUACUCCGGGCUGUACGCGCUCUGUCAGCCCGACAGCACCGGCACACCGGCGGCGGGGAAGCUGGCGGAGCUGUUCCGCGCGUCGCAGCUGCCGGCCGAGACGCUGCACCAGAUAACAGAGGUGUGCGGUGCGAAGCGACUGGGUUACUUCGGCUGUGGACAGUUUUACGUCGCUCUGAAGCUGAUGGCGGCCGCGCAGUCCGGGUUACCGGUUCGUCUGGAGAGCGCAGCGGGCGAGCUUCCUCUGCCUGUUUUUGUGGGAAUAACUGGCGACCCUGAGAUGCGUUAUCCCAGUCACCCUCCGACCAAUGAGAGCCAGGCUCACACCCUGAGUUCGGUUCUAGGCUCCGCCCCUCGCCCACCUGCUGACAGAUCUGUGCUCAGACACCCUGAGACCAACAUGGACAAACAGGAGGCGUGGUCUCCUCCGCGGUCACCUGGCAUCUCCCCGCCCCGCUCUCCAUCAGCCUAUAUCAGCUAUCCGUACAGCACACAGAGGAAUGGGACCGACACGCUAUUGGUGUAUGAUGGUAAACUGGCGAGUCGUCCCAGUGUUUCUCAGGAGAAUUCCUCUCCCAGUCAUUAUUUCGUCAGACUGCAGCCGGACGUCACACGGGUCGAGCGAUUGCCUGAAAGAAAUGAGGCUGAUUAUUCAGACGAUCCCUGGAGGAUUACAGAGGAGCAACGCGACUAUUACACCAUCCAAUUUAGAAGUCUACAGCCCGAUCUGAAUGCGCUCAUACUGGGAACUGUUGCAAAAAACUUCUUCACAAAGUCCAAGCUUCCCAUUCCAGAGCUGUCGCAUAUAUGGGAGUUAAGUGAUGUCGACAAGGAUGGUGCUCUCAACUUCUCCGAGUUUUGUACCGCCUUUCAUCUGAUCGUGGCUCGUAAGAACGGUUACCCACUCCCUGAAGCUCUCCCCCCCUCACUUAGACCAGGAUAUAUGGAUCAAUGUGUGGCUACGGUGACACCAGCAGAGACGACUCAACCUCUCAUUGUGUUUGAUGACACCAUAACCCCUGCAGCAACUCAGCUGGAGAAGGGUUCAGUUGACCUGCAGAUGACCUCUAGAUCAGGUGUGAGCACCUGCAAACAGGACACCAGAGAUGAGAGGAGACAGUCAGAGUUCAGCCCAAAGAGAGGCGAUCCAGAUCUUCACGAGAAGUCAAUACAGCAAAGUCAAGUCAGCACUUUAAAACCAGAUUCUCCACAGGAGCUUGAUGCAAAUAUGAAGUCAAGGACACGACCCAGGUCGUUUUCAAGCACAUCUAUAGAUGAUGCAAUAAGAAAGGUUGAAGAACCGCCCACACCACCACCCCGACCCCAGAAGACUCACUCUCGUGCCUCCUCGCUCGACCUGAAUAAACUGUUUCAGCAGAGCGGACAAGGUUCUAAAGGUGGUUGGUUGCCUCAACCUCCAGCUCUCCCUCCACGACCUCCAGCCACACAGAUCUUUAACUUCCAGCAUGACAAGAAUACCCAGAAGGCCGUGCAGCAGCCGAACUUUGCCGACUUCAGCAGAUUUAGGGAAGAGGAGGAAACCAGCGUACCUCCCCAAACCGUAAGGCCUGGGAUGAGAGGAGGUCUCAGCACAGAAGACCUGGCACCUUUAAAAACGGAUUCUCCAGCCGUGCUUCAAGGCCACACCCCUCAGAAGCCAGUACGAAGAAAGCUCCACCCAGAAAGCCAGAGUGCCACGCCCCAAUCGGGCACGCCCUACUCUGCUGCCACAUUGACCAAAUCUACACAGAGGUUGCCUCCCAAACAGAAGAGAGAGAUCCAGAUGGCCAUUCGUAAAAACAGAGAGACCAACGCAGUCCUGACACGUCUUAACAGUGAACUACAGCAACAGCUGAAGGUUGUCCAUCGAGAGCGAGUUACUCUGGAGUCCCAGCUGGAUUUGUUGCGGCCCGUGACGUCAACCUGACCAAUCACACAGCGUUUCUGUCCGGUUUCUAUGUUUCCAGUACACACACAUCGCAUCUUUUGUCUGGUGAUGUUUUGGUGAUGGUUUAUGAGCUGUAAUUCAAUCACAUGUCACAGUUCUUAUUAAAGUGACCAAACGAUGGAGGCACCACAAACACAGAAAGAGGAUAUUCACCUCCACACGAGGACAACGUCAGGAUUUGUUGGGUUAAAACGCUUGGAUUUGUGUUUGUGUUUGUUUUAUAACCAGACAUUACUAACACAGCUAACCGGAAAAAACUUCAUCCAGGAAAUUGAAAAUCUAUUUUUAGUUGAUUUAAUUGUUUUCGUAUGUUUUGUUUGUAACUUCAUCCAGGAUUUAAAGUACAGUUUCUGUUUGUGUUCGAGGCCAAUCCUGUUACACCAACAAUAAGCUUGUAAGGGUGAAUCCCACGAAAACGCAAGCAGGUUAUAUUUACAACCCAAACAUGAAAGAAAUAACUAGAAUCAUUUUGCUAAAAGAAAAUGAUGAAUAUUUGGACUCUCCCAAAA